AUGGACGUUAGUCGACAUCACAGUACUGCCAGCUUCGACGAGCAAAUCGCCGGACACGCUGCCGAGCUCGGCGGCCAUCUCGGCAAGUUGGUCUCCGACGAGACCAGCUCCGGAUCUGGAUCGAGCUCCGAGACCAGCUCUCCGUUGGAUUCGCCUCGCCACUCGCCUUCCUUGUCGAUCAUUUCGACCCCUUCUCCACGAAAGGCUGGCAUUUACGAUUCUGACGAGACUGAUGCCCUCAACUUCACCGACUUCUCCAAGCCCAUGAACGUUGACAAGUACACUCCUUCGAUGAAAAAGCGAGUCAAGGACGAGAUCGAGCUCCCUCUCCGACCCGAUGACGGAGGAACCCUCGGCCGGGCCAUUUCGCUCAAAGCUAACGUCUUUCCACUCGUUGUGAGACCCAAGACCCCCUUCAUCUACCACUACGAUGUGGAAAUCGCUUCUGACCGAAUCAAGAAGGACGAGAAGCGAAGUUUCUUCUUGGACUUCUGCAAGGCCAACAAGAUCAUCUUCAAGACAGCAGGCCGAUACGGCUUUGCUUAUGACGGCGAAAAGAAUAUGUACACCAUUGCCAAGCUCGACACUCCCCAAAAGCGAUUCGUCGGCAAGUGCAGUUUUAAAGGCGACCAGGUCAAGGUCUGCCUCACCCUUGUUGGCGAGCUCAACGUCAACGCGUUGAACGAUUUCCUCGAGGGCAAAGGGCGGGACUUCGGCGAGAUGAGCUCUGACGUCAUCGAUGUUGUCAACGCGCUCAACAUCGUCCUCCGCAACCAGCCUUCGAACAAGUACGUUUCCGUCCGUGGUGUCUCCGGCGCUGCCUUCUUCCCUGAUCCUAAGUACGAGCCACUCGCCCUUGGCGGCGGCCUCGAGCUCUGGCCAGGUUACCAUCAGUCGAUUCGUCACUCGCAAGUUUGGAAGCCACUCCUCAACUUCGACGUUGCCAACACUGCCUUUUACACUGAGCAGAACAUGAUCGACUUUAUCAAGGAUACACUUCGCACUAACCAACUGCGAGGCAACUUCUCCAAACACGAGCUGAUGAAAAUCGAAAAAGCGUGCAAGGGACUCAAGAUUGAGCCUACGCACCGACAAGGCGUUGUCCGACGAUACAAGAUUAUGGGACUUUCGCGAACCACAGCCCGAGACACCUACUUCGACGGCGAAAACGGCCGCAUCAGUGUUGAGAACUACUUCUACGAUAAGUACAAUAUGCGUCUCCGAUACCCUGGACUCCCCGUCGCCAAAUGCGGAGGCAAAGGCGCCCUAUUGCCCCUCGAGGUUCUCAAGAUUGCGCCCCGACAACGGUACCAGAAGAAACUUGGCGAUCAACAGCUCGCCACCUUGAUUCGAUCAGCAGCGAAGCCCGCCAACGAGCGCCAGAGAGAAAUCGAAGACUGGGUCCAGAAGGCCGCCAUCAACGAGGACCCUGUUGCCAAAGCCUUCGGCAUCUCCAUGGAACACAAUAUGGUCAACCUCCGAGGACGAGUUCUCGAAGCUCCUCAACUUGAAUACGGCGACAAGAUGUACGUCCGACCGCAGAAGGGUGCCUGGGACAUUUCCCGAGGCAACUACCAAUUCAAGAAGGCAGGAUUCCUCUCCUCCUGGGCGAUCAUCUCCUUGGAUGACCGAAACCGAAACACUAUCAAGGACUUUGUUGGUGAAAUGCAGCACCACGCCCGCCAACUCGGCUUCGACAUCGCCCACCCUAAGAAGGCCUACGAAGCGUACCGAACUAACGAUAUCUUCAAUCGCUUGGACGAGAUCGUUGACUCCUGGCCAGAUGUUCAGCUCGUUCUCUUCGUUGUCCCACGAAAGGACAGCCUCACCUAUGCCGAUGUCAAGCGCAUCGCCGACACAGAAAUUGGAGUUAUGACGCAGGUCUUGUGCGCGCAGACGAUGCAGAAGGCGAUGAAGCAGGCAUCCACCAUGUUGAACUUGUUGCUCAAGAUCAACGUCAAGGUUGGCGGCCAAAAUGUCUCCAUCCCAUCUAAGCUUCGAUCGCCCAUCAUGAGUGAGCCCGUUAUCGUUCUCGGAGCUGACGUGACCCAUCCCGCCGCCGGUGAAUUUGGCCGACCAUCGAUUGCUGCCAUCGUUGGCUCAAUGGACCCGGUUCCAUCCAAGUUCAUCGCCACAGUCUCGGUGCAGGAGCGCCGACUCGAGUACAUUGCCGACACCAAGAAUAUGAUCAAAAAACUGCUCAAGAAAUUCUACUCCAAGAACAAGAAGAAGCCUCAGAAGAUCAUCAUGUACCGAGAUGGCGUCGGCGAGGGUCAAUUCAAGCUCGUUCUUGCGCACGAAAUGCGAGCCAUUCGAGAAGCUUGCCUCGAACUCGAGAAGGAUGGUGGGUACACUCCUGGCAUCACCUUCGUCUGCGUCCAGAAGCGUCACCAUAUGCGACUUUUCUGCAACGACCGAAAUGAUAUGGUCGGUAAGUCGAACAACAUUCCCGCUGGUACCGUGGUCGACACCAACAUCUGCCACCCGAGCCAAUACGAUUUCUACCUCUGCUCGCACGCGGGAAUCCAGGGAACUUCUCGGCCAACACACUACCAUGUGUUGCACGACGACAACGAUUACAAGUCGGACGUUCUCCAGAACUUCACCUACCAGCUGUGCCAUACUUACGUACGAUGCACUCGGUCGGUCUCCAUUCCUGCGCCGACCUACUACUCCCAUCUCGUCGCCUUCCGUGCUCGAUACCAUCUCCAAUCUGUCGUUGACGGUGACGGUGACUCUUCCUACGGCGGCUACCGUGGCGGUCCCCCACCAGCUCUCGAUCUCCACAAGUUGGACCAGAUGAUCACUGUCCGAUCUGAACUCUCCAGCUUGAUGUACUUCGUCUAA